GUAGCUCGUUCCGGGACAUAGAUAUCCUUCUGCUGCAGCCCUUGGCUUUGAUCACGUAACUUUGAUAUACUGCCAUAAAUGUCUUUCUUCGGAGCCGGGUCAUCCGCCACGACCACAGCACAGAAAGAUCCACCGGACAUCGAGGUUGCAGACCCUCCCACCGAUUCCAUCUCCUCGCUCGCGUUUUCGGGGGCAGGAGAAUUCCUUGCGGUUGGAAGCUGGGAUAACAAUGUACGGAUAUACGAAGUUGGAACAAAUGGCCAAACGCAGGGGAAAGCGAUGUACUCCCACCAAGCACCUGUUCUCAGUGUAUGCUGGAACAAGGACGGGACGAAAUUGCUGUCCGGUGGCGCGGACAACGCGGGGCGUAUGUUCGACGUUCAGACUGGCCAGCCGACUCAAGUAGCCCAGCAUGACGCGCCUAUCAAGGUUGUGAAGUGGAUUGAGUCGCCUCAGGGAGGGAUACUCGCGACUGGAAGCUGGGAUAAAACUGUCAAGUAUUGGGACCUGCGGCAGUCGGCGCCCAUUGCUUCAGUCACGCUUCCAGAACGCUGCUAUACCAUGGAUGUCGCCUACCCUUUGAUGGUUGUUGGAUGCGCCGACAGGCAUAUCCAGAUUUUCAACUUAACAAACCCUACAACCGCAUACAAAACUAUGCAAUCUCCGUUGAAGUGGCAAACAAGAGUGGUCUCAUGUUUCCCGGCUGCAAACGGCUUCGCGGUCGGUAGUGUGGAGGGUCGUGUUGCGAUUCAGUAUGUGGAUGACAAGGAUGCGUCAAACAACUUUUCCUUCAAGUGCCAUCGAAAGGAUGCCACUCCGAACACGAAAGAUCAAUCUCUUGUAUACGCCGUCAACGACAUCACCUUCCAUCCCGUUCAUGGAACAUUCUCGACAUGCGGCUCUGACGGCACUGUCCACUUCUGGGACAAAGAUGCACGGACAAGGCUGAAGACUUUCGACCCCUGCCCGGGGCCCGUCGUCGCCUCCGCGUUCAAUCGCACCGGUUCCAUAUUUGCAUAUGCCGUAUCUUACGACUGGUCAAAGGGGUACUCCGGUAUGACGGCGGGACACCCCAACAAGAUUCUCCUGCAUGCCUGCAAAGACGACGAGGUGAAGAAACGACCAACGAAACGAUGAUGAGCACAGGUGUACUCUCAGACUGCGUAUAUGCUGUUCUGUAUCGGAGGCUUUGCGUAGUGUAUGGAUGUCGA